AUGAAUGUAAAAAUUUUAAUAUUUUUCAUACUUUAUAAGGCAUAGAUUAUACUAGCUUAAGAAUCUGUAAAAAUAAAUAAAAUUUUAGACAAAUUGGGUUUCAUUGAUUUUAUAAGGAAAUCGAUAAGUAUUUUGGAAAGAAAAAGCGCAAUUAAAUCUAUUUGUUUGGAACAUGGAAACAGAUUUAAGUAAUAGUUAAUUAACAAAUACAUCAAUAUUAUGGAGUUGUAAAGAUUUGACCUUAAAUAUAACUUGUGCAAGAACUGAUGGAGGAGUAUUAUAAUUAGACAAAUUUAAUUAUACAGUUGUGAUUCCAGAAUCAACAUUACAUCCAAGAAGAUCAUAUGAAUUUAUAGCAUAAAUAACUGGAGAUCAUGUUGCUAAUAGAAGUGUUACAUUAUAUUUUUCAUAAGUAAUUAUAAUAUAUAAUUAGAACAUAAUUCCUUUUUUAAAUAUAUCAUUUCCAUACUCAAUAUUAUCUAGAUUAGUAAAUUUUGAUGAAAUAAUUGAUUUUUCUAUUUAAUUAGAUGAUGGAGUAUCCCCAGAUGACUCAAAAAUAUCAAUUUCGAUAUAUUUGGACGGUUAGGUCUAAAAGUUAAAACAAUUAUACCCUAGACUUCGUUUUUAAGCAAGCUAUUAUUAUCCUGAUUUUAAAGGUCCUGGUGAAAUAGGAAUAUGUAGAAUUCACUUUACUUACUCUUUAGCAAAUUACAUAGAUCCUGCAGAGUAUGAAGUUCAAUUUUGGAUUAAUUAUCCUCCUAGAAAUGGCCUUAUCAGUAUAGAUGAUAAAACUGAUAUGAAUAUAGUAGUUUCUUAAGUGUCUGAUACACAUACUCCACUUUAUUAUAAAUAUUGGUUCUUUAAUGGAUAAUCUAUUAAUAUUUAAUCUAUCAAUGGAUAAUACGAAUUAACUGACUAUAUUGAAUCUAGUACAUAUUCUGUUAAUUUACCUCCAGGUGAUAACACUAUUGUAUGUUAAGUUAAAGAUAGUUUGGGUGCUAUAUCCAUUAUUUAUUCAAAUGUUACUAUCUAAUCUACAAACUCUAAUUUCGAAACUAUACUCACUUCACUUGUCCUGGAAACUUCAAUCACUAAAAUUAUUAGUUAAUCUCUUUUAUUAAAAUAUUUAUAUGAUAGACUAUCAUUUGAUAAUAAACUUACUUAUGCUGUUAAUGUUAAUCAAACAUUAACUAAAUUAAAAGAGCUCUACCAAGAAUAAUUUUCACUCAAAACAUAAGACAAGUAUUAAAUCAUGAUGUUAAAGUCUUUAUAUUUAGUAUUUAUUAUUUCUCUAUUUUAUAUAGAUUGAAUCUACAGGAAUUUUAUUUAUUGGAGAAAAUUCUAUUGAUGCCAAAUUACAAUAUUUAAUCUCAUUUUAAACAUAAGUUAGAAAAGAUAUUAUUAAAUUCACUUCAAUAAUCUAAAUUAAUGAUUUAGCUAUGGUCUCAGGUCAAUAUAAAGGCAAUAUUACUGCUUAAGAAUAAUUUUUAGAAUUUAAAUCUCUUUAUGGAGUACUUGGCUAAUUAAUAGAUGAUAUUCAUCAUGUUUUUGAUACAUUUUUAGGAAGAAUGGCUAUUGAUAAUCCUGAUACAAUUACUAAAGCCUAAACUGCUAAUACAACUGAGGUCAAUUCAACAGAAUAUUUAAAAGAACUUUUUAUGAAUUUAACAGAUACAAAUAACAAAAAAAGAUUGUUAGUAUAAGUUGAAGAAUCAGAUCUAUAGUCCAGUAAUGAUAGUAUCAAUACUUUUAGAAAUUAAUUAAUAGAAUAAUCAAUAUUGACUCUAGAUCAUUUUGAUUUAAUUCACAUCUGUUAUACAAGAUUAAUUAGUUUAGUUCAGGUUUUGAAUCUUAUUAUUAAUUCUUAUGCAGAAACUAAUGGACAAGUUUCUAAUAGUAAUUUUAAAUAUUUCAACAUCUCUUUUACAAGAGUUACUACCAAACAUGCAUUAAAAUACUUACAUCAAGAUGAAUAUUAUGUAAGUAUGUUUGAAGAUCAAAAAUUAGAUGGAGUUGCUAUUCCUGUAUUCAGUGGAUACUGGAAUCUAAAGAAUGAUACUAUUAAUUUUGAAGUUUAAAUCGAUACCACUAAUAAAUCAGAAACUGGUAAUUAUGCAGCUAGGAGAAAUAUUUAUAUGUGGGAAAAUAGGGAUCUAUUCACUAAUUUAUCUGAAAUAGAGGUCCUAUAAAUAAAUCCAAAUUAUCUCUAUUUAAUAUCGAUUGUAACUUUUUCUGUUAAUCCUUACUAUUGGAGAAAAGAAAUUUACAAUUAUACUAAAUGGAAUUAAUAUUCUAAUCAUGUAAAAUAUAUAAGUCCUUAAUUUAUUGUUUAAAAUGGAUCAGAUUAUCAAAUUGUUUUAUAAUUUGAACAUUUCUAAUUUAAACAUUCCUUUAUCACUGAAUAUUCUGAUAACAACACAAGAUGUGCUUCAAUUGUUUCAAAUUUUACUGGUGAUAAUUGUACAAAAUUAGUAAUGUCUUCUUAACAUACUUGUAUUUGUAAAUACAUUAGUGAUAUGAUCUUGAUGGAAGAAUACAUACCUGUUGAUUUGAGAGAGAUUCAAUUUAUAACUAUUGAGAAUAUGCAUCAAACCGUAAUUGGAUAAACUAUUGGAAUAAUGUCAGGAAUUAUGAUAAUUUUUACUAUAGUAUCUGCUUUCUUAGACUUAAGAUCUUCAAAGGUUGUUGUUCCUGUAUCAUCUCCAAUGAUAAGUGAUAAUGGAAAUUAGAUUGAUGACGAUUAAAAAGUAUUUGAUAAAUCAGCUGAUUAUACUAAAAUAAAAUCUUCUACUAUCUUUCCUGAAAAAUCAAGUGUGCUAUCAAUUAGAUUUAAGAAUAAAGAUAACGAAAAAUUUGAUGGUAAAUAAUUAUUUGAUUCUUAAAUAAAAGAUGAGGAGUCAUCAUCUAAUCUUACCAUUUUUAAUAAAAAUUAUCAUAAACAAUAAAAGAUAGCAUCUGAUGAUUUUCAUAAUGCAGCUGUUUAAUAUGAACCCAUCUUUUAAACAAAUGUUGAAAUGGGUAUCAAAUAUACUUCUGCAGAUUUAUUGAUAAGUGGCAUGAUUGUAAUAUAUUUUAUUAUAUUUAUAGAAAUUGCAUGAAUUAUUAAGCAUUUUUAUAUAUUAUGAUUAAAAGUUUUCAAGACCAAGCAGAGUUUUAUAAUUGUAUAUGAAAUUAAUGGUGAUGUUUGUAUUUAGUUCCUAUACAAUUUAAUAUUUAAACCAAAUUGAACAUAUUUUAUUGAUUAUUUUUGUUGGUGAAAUAUCAGUAUUCUUUUUAGCUAUUGUAAAAGCUGAACUAAAUGGAUGGAUUUAAGAAAAAAUAAUAGGAUUUUUGAUGACCGUAGCAAUAUUAGGAGGAUGCUUGUAUUUAAUAAUUUAUUUAUUUAGCAUAUUUUAUUUCUAUAAUGUUAUUGGACUUUAAAUUGAUGUUGCUGAUAAUUGGGCAAGAUAAUUUUUAAUAUCUUACCUUUCAAAUCAUGUCUUGUUUGAUCCAAUUAUUGUUAUAUUUAAAAUAAUCCUAUAUCCUUGGACAUUAUAAUAAAUAAUUGCUUAGACUAAUGCACCAAUUGCAUAUCUAUUAAAUUUCUUUAUUAAUCAUGCUCCUAUGAGAGCUUUAUAUUAAUUAUGA